GAGACCAAGCCACGACCGUGUACCUCCUCCAGUCCUCCUCAUCCUCACCUGUACGCUGCAUAUAACCAGACGGCAUGGCGGUUCUUCCAUAGAGCUCCAUCAGUAUCUAUCUCCAAAGCUCCCCGUGGUCAGGGAAAAGACUAGGGCUAGUGAGAUGCCUGGCCGCAACUUGGGCGCUGCAGGAGCAAAGAAGGAAGAGGGGGAGCAUGCCAGGCUGCCCAAGAUCGACGUGCAGACGCUCUACGUGCUGUACAUGGUGCUUUUCAUGAUGAUCUGGAUGUCCUUGUUUCGGUUUCGGUAUCCGCAGCACGCCGAGUUCCUCCGCUACACCCCGGCCGUGGAAGCCCUGGCCGCCUGCUUCUUCUUCACGUUCGUCACCCUCAUGCUGCAGGCGCUGCUCGCCAACGCGCUGUCGGAGAAGGCCGCCCCGUCGCCGCUUCCGCCUCCCGUGAACCACUGGAUCAUGGCCCUCUCCGUGUGGCUGUUCGGGGUCCUCUACUACCUGGUCUACGCCUCCAUGAACGACGGGUAUGCAGCGGAGCCGGGGUACUCGGGCCUGCUCAUCGCCGGGGUCGCGAGUGUUGUGAGCCUCGCCAUGACCGUCUACAACAUGCGGCAGCGCCCCGUCUUUGCUUAGCUGCGGAUGAUUGAGCAUCUUGGAACCUCAAUAGUGGCGACCUGAAGAAGGGUCUGACUUGCCCCUGCCUAUGGCAGUUUACUGUGUUGCUAUUAUCUGUCUAGUGUUGGAUGUGUUAUGAGUAUGUUGUUGGUUACCAAGGUUCUCUAUCUACUGUGUGAACUCGGCAAGGAUUUGGCUUCAUUUGCGGGAUAGGAUUUAUCUAUGUCAGUACCUGGGAUGUUUCGUGAUAAACUAUUUCUUUAGGGAA